AUGAAAUCCACUGAUAAAAUAAAAAAAAUAUUGGAAGAUACUAAAGAAGAUGAUGCUAAAUUGAGUUUCCAAGACUCCGUGGCUUUCUAUAAAUCCUUAAUAGUUUCAGCAGACUUAAGUGAGAUAAGAUAUGCAGAUUUAAUUUCAACAUUUUUUCUAGUAUGUGAUGAGGAUGUCCUUCUUAAUAAGGUUUUUGUCGAUCAAAAAAGUUUCCAAGUUAUUGCAUCCAUAGUAAAUUCUGUUGAUUAUUAUAAAAAGCCCAACAUCAGAAUAAUAGAAGAUAUAUUCAAUAAGCUAUGCCGAACUUUUGGAAAAGCAGUAAGAUCUUCAGGAGGAUUCAGUUAUGAUUUUGACAAGAUAUAUAAUAAUUUCAUUGAAACUGACUUGAUAAAAAAUGUAUUUUUGUUAAUAGAUGAUAUCUCAAAUAAUUAUAUUUUGGAUGAUUUUUUAAUAUCAUUUAUAUGUACAACUUUAAAAGGCAUUUCGUUGCUAUUUGAUAUUUUAAACAGAUUUUUGAAAAAUGAUACAGAGAAGGCUAUUAGAUAUAUCUUCCAUGACUCAAAUUUGCUCAUACUUAAUGAAGGCACACAUUUAUUUGUUAAAUUUCUAACAGAUAAGACAAUUAAAAGCACAACGAAUGAUAUAUUAGUUCCAUCCUUACUGUCCUUUUCACAUAUUACUAGAGAAAUAGAAUUUAAAGGUUUUUGGACAGAUCUUUUAACUAAAGUGGCAAGCAGAUUAAAUAAAAUUUUUGAUUAUAAAAUUAUAUUUAAUCCAACAGGGGAUAACACAUCCUUCAAAUAUUAUUCCCAUAAAGAUUUCCAACUAUCUGAAUAUAUUGAUUCUAUGAUAUUUUUGAAUUCUUAUAAUUUAGCAUUUCAAAAAUCUGUCGGUGAACAAUUAUUAUUUGAUAAGGAUAACAACUUUUCAAUUUUUGAUUGCCUAGGUUGCAAUUCACUUAUCCUUAGAAAGUUUAUUUCAUCUUUCGAAGAGGAUGCACUUUUUCAACCAUUAUUAGCUGGAUUGCUGCUCGGUAAGAAUCUUAUUAUGUUUGAAUUAAUGAACAAAUUUCUUAAAUUUUGGAUUACAUCACAUGCAAAUGGUACAAGUAAACAUGAUUUCCUUUCGAUUGCAGAUCUUAUCGAAGUAACUAUGCAUAAACUUAAAAAGAAUAUUUCUGAUGAUUAUGCUUCUCUCAAAGAUGAUCCUUCAAAACUUAUCAAUACUUGCAUUGACUUCCUUAAUGGAAUUGCAUAUGAAGAAGCAAGAAAUAUCCAAGUUCAUUAUGUAUAUAGAAAACACGUCCUCAAAUGGGCACCAAAAAUGCAAAAUUUUGAAGAGCUGUUAUUCGGUCAAGUAUUCGAUUAUGUUAAACAUCAGAAGAUUGUACAAUUGCAAAAAGGGUUUUGGUUUUAUACCGAGAAUCCUCUAAGAAGCAAUUUGGAAAACCCUAAAGUAUCGUAUUUGAUAAUUUCUGAUAACCAAAGGGAUAUUCUAAUAAGAGAAUUUGAUGUAAAAACCACUGAUAAACCAUAUUUUAUCAACAAUGAAAUUAUUUGUGAUUCUGUUGACCCUAUUAAUCAUAAAGGUGUUAGAAAACCAAAGACCAAAACCAUAACUAUAUCAUUUAGUGAGAUAAAACGAUUCACAACUGAAAAAAAUAUUUUAAGCAAAUCCAAUAAAAUGGGAACUAAUGACCACAAAGAUUCAACCUCAUUAAAUAGUGUGGAUAAGUCAGUAUCAAGUGAUAGAAUAACUGAUACUUCAAUUAGUGUUAGUGAUGAUUUCAAAAGAAGAAACAGUACAGAUAAUGCCUUUAUUAAAAGCCUUGAUAGACAGAAGGUUAUAUCAAUAAAAGCUGUUAAUAACAAAGAGGAACCACUAAUAGAGUUUUUUUUCAUUAAUAAUGAAGACAGUUUAAUUGAUGAUCUAAAAUUUUUAUUAUAUUCUUAUGACCAUGAAAAAAUUCCAGUUCACUCAAAAGCAAAGAAAGCAGAUUAUUCAGAGUUUAAAGUCUUAUAUCUUGAUGAUAUUAUGGAUCCAAAUACUGUAAAUUCACCACAUUUGACAAUGAUGAACAAUAUUAUAAGAGAUUUAACUUUGGCGACGCAAGAGCAAAUCAAAACAUUAAUACAUGUACGAUACAACAUUAAAAUGAUAAACUUAAGUGUAGUUGAUACUAACAAAUCAAAAGAUGAAAAAACAGACACUGAACUUGUUAAUGUUGAUGAGCAUGAUAGUAAUGAAGAUGACGUUUACAACUUCGAUACAUUGAUAUCAUUAUCUAAGAACACAUACUAUGCAUAA